AUGGAUUACAACCCCGCAGAGCACGACGAGGUCGUGUCUCAGUUCUGCAACAUGACAGGGACUAAACCCUCCGAGGCUCAGGAAUAUCUUUCUGCCAAUGGCUGGGAUGUGGAAGCUGCGGUGACCGAAUACUUUGCCGAGCAAGAUGAAGCUUUGCAGGAAACAGAAACAAGCGCUGGUCAGAGACUAGGUACAGAGCAGGCUGCUUCCACGGCCGGUGGUGGCCGCACACUUGGUGGAGAGCCCGUGUCUGCUACAUCCUCUGCAGCUCCCCAAGCCCCGUCGUCCAGUCGACGCACUGCUCCCAAGAAGAAGUUCGCUACCCUUGGUGACUUUGCAACAGCGAGUGCUGGCGAUACAUCAUCAGAGGAUGGCUCGGAAGACCAAGACUUUUUUGCGGGUGGUGAGAAAUCGGGUCUGGCGGUGCAAAACCCCGAUGACUUGAAACGAAAGAUUCUGGAGAAGGCCCGCAGAGCUCAACCUCCUUCCUCAGAGGAGCCUCAAUCCCGGCCUUCCCAUUUCACUGGGACCGCCCGAACGCUUGGUGGCGAUGAUGCCCCGAGUCGUGUAAUUGAAGCCCCUUCCGAACCUCAGUCACAGCGGCCCCAACGGGUCCAUCGAACCCUUCACUUUUGGGCUGAUGGUUUCUCCGUCGAUGACGGAGAGCUCUAUCGGACUGAUGAUCCUCGCAAUGCGGAGAUCCUGGAGGGUAUCCGCCAGGGCCGCGCCCCUUUGACGAUUAUGAACGUGCAGGCCGGACAGGAAGUGGACGUGGAGCUGAAGCAGCAUGAGGAGAACUAUGUGAAACCAAAGCCCAAGUACAAGCCUUUCUCUGGCGUGGGUCAGCGUCUCGGAAGCCCUACGCCUGGCGUUCAGAGCACACAGCCCUCCGCUUCGACCGCCACUACCACUCCCCAGGCCUCUUCAUCGGAGCCUCCCAAGCCAAAGGUGGAUGAAUCGCAACCCACCGUCACCCUACAGAUUCGCCUGGGAGAUGGUACUCGGCUGACUUCCCGGUUCAAUACUACGGCCACUAUUGGAGACGUGUACGACUUCGUCACUGCUGCUAGCCCCGAUGCUCGCAGUCGUGGGUGGGUGUUAAUGACCACAUUCCCCAGCAAGGAAUUGAGUGACAAGGCCGUGACUCUUGCCGAUCUACCCGACUUCAAGCGAGGCGGCGUGGUCGUUCAGAAGUGGUCCUAA